AAAUGUGAGCGGGGCUGAUGGAAGCUGAUAGGCAGGGCUGGAGUGUUAGCACCAGUACUGGAUGUGACAGCAGGCAGAGGAGUACUUAGCAGCUUAUUCAGUGUCCGAUUCGGAUUCCGGCAAGGAUCCAAGCAUGGAAUGCUGCCGUCGUCGGGCAACUUCUGGCACACCGCUCCUCUUUCUGGCUUUCCUGCUCCUGAGCUCCAGGACAGCACGCUCUGAAGAGGACCGGGAUGGCCUGUGGGACGCCUGGGGUCCGUGGAGCGAGUGCUCACGCACCUGCGGUGGAGGGGCCUCCUACUCACUGAGACGCUGCCUCAGCAGCAAGAGCUGUGAAGGAAGAAAUAUCCGAUAUCGAACAUGCAGUAAUGUGGACUGCCCGCCAGAAGCAGGUGAUUUCCGAGCACAGCAGUGCUCAGCUCAUAAUGAUGUCAAGCACCAUGGCCAGUUUUAUGAAUGGCUUCCCGUGUCUAAUGACCCUGACAACCCAUGUUCCCUCAAGUGUCAGGCCAAAGGAACAGCCCUGGUUGUUGAACUAGCACCUAAGGUCUUAGAUGGGACUCGUUGCUACACAGAAUCCUUGGAUAUGUGCAUCAGCGGUCUGUGCCAAAUCGUUGGCUGUGAUCACCAGCUGGGAAGCACCAUCAAGGAAGAUAACUGUGGAGUCUGCAAUGGAGAUGGGUCUACCUGCAGGCUGGUCCGAGGACAAUAUAAAUCCCAGCUCUCUGCCACCAAAUUGGAUGACACUGUGGUUGCUAUUCCCUAUGGAAGCAGACAUAUUCGCCUUGUCUUAAAAGGACCUGAUCACUUGUAUCUGGAAACCAAAACCCUACAGGGGGCUAAAGGUGAAAACAGUCUCAGCUCUACAGGCAUCUUUCUUGUGGACAAUUCUAGUGUGGACUUCCAGAAGUUUCCAGACAAAGAGAUACUGAGAAUGGCUGGACCACUUACAGCAGAUUUCAUUAUCAAGAUCCGCAACUCGGGACCCACGGACAGUACAGUCCAGUUCAUCUUCUAUCAGCCUAUCAUCCACCGAUGGAGGGAGACGGAUUUUUUUCCAUGCUCAGCAACCUGUGGUGGAGGUUACCAGCUGACAUCGGCUGAGUGUUAUGAUCUUCGGAGCAACCGCGUGGUUGCUGACCAGUACUGUCACUAUUACCCCGAGAACAUCAAACCCAAGCCCAAACUUCAGGAGUGCAACUUGGAUCCUUGUCCAGCCAGUGACGGAUACAAGCAGAUCAUGCCUUAUGACCUCUACCAUCCCCUUCCUCGGUGGGAGGCCACCCCGUGGACCGCGUGCUCCUCCUCGUGUGGGGGGGGCAUCCAGAGCCGGGCAGUUUCCUGUGUGGAGGAGGACAUCCAGGGGCAUGUCACCUCAGUGGAAGAGUGGAAAUGCAUGUACACCCCUAAGAUGCCCAUCGUGCAGCCCUGCAACAUUUUUGACUGCCCUAAAUGGCUGGCACAGGAGUGGUCUCCGUGCACGGUGACAUGUGGCCAGGGCCUCAGGUACCGUGUGGUCCUCUGCAUCGACCAUCGAGGAAUGCACACCGGAGGCUGUAGCCCCAAAACCAAGCCCCACAUAAAAGAGGAAUGCAUCAUACCCACUCCCUGCUAUAAACCCAAAGAAAAACUUCCGGUAGAGGCCAAGCUGCCAUGGUACAAACAAGCUCAAGAACUCGAAGAAGGAGCUGCUGUGUCAGAGGAGCCCUCGUUCAUCCCAGAGGCCUGGUCGGCCUGCACGGUCACCUGUGGCAUGGGGACCCAGGUGCGAAUAGUCAGGUGCCAGGUGCUCCUGUCUUUCUCUCAGUCCGUGGCCGACCUGCCAGUGGACGAAUGUGAAGGGCCCAGACCAGCGUCCCAGCGCCCCUGUUAUGCAGGACCAUGCCACGGAGAGGUGCCUGAGUUUAACCCCGAAGAGACAGAUGGCCUCUUGGGUGGCCUUCAGGAUUUUGACGAGCUCUACGACUGGGAGUACGAGGGCUUCACCAAGUGCUCUGAGUCUUGCGGAGGAGGUGUCCAGGAGGCUGUGGUGAGCUGCCUGAACAAACAGACGCGGGAACCCGCCGAGGAGAACCUGUGCGUGACCAGCCGGCGGCCCCCCCAGCUCCUGAAAUCCUGCAGUUUGGAUCCCUGCCCGGCAAGGUGGGAAAUUGGCAAGUGGAGUCCAUGUAGUCUCACCUGUGGGGUUGGCCUGCAGACCAGAGACGUCUUCUGCUCUCACCUACUUUCCAGAGAGAUGAAUGAAACAGUCAUCCUGGCUGAUGAGCUGUGUCGCCUGCCCAAGCCCAGCACGGUGCAAGCUUGUAACCGCUUCAACUGCCCCCCAGCCUGGUACCCUUCACAGUGGCAGCCGUGUUCCAGGACAUGUGGAGGAGGUGUCCAGCGGCGAGAGGUUCUUUGCAAACAGCGCAUGGCUGAUGGCAGCUUCCUGGAGCUUCCUGAGACCUUCUGUUCAGCCCCCAAACUGGCUUCCCAACAAGCCUGCAAGAAAGAUGACUGUCCCAGCGAGUGGCUUCUCUCUGAUUGGACAGAGUGUUCCACGAGCUGCGGGGAGGGCACCCAGACACGAAGUGCCAUUUGCCGGAAGGUGCUGAAAACUGGUGUCUCCGCUAUUGUCAAUUCCUCCCUGUGCCCUCCCCUGCCCUUCUCUUCGUCCAUCAGGCCCUGUAUGCUGGCCACCUGUGCAAGGCCUGGGAGGCCAUCCACAAAGCACAGUCCUCACAUCACUGCAGCAAGGAAAAUAUACAUCCAGACCCGGAGGCAGAGGAAACUGCACUUCGUGGUGGGGGGAUUUGCCUACCUGCUCCCCAAGACCACAGUGGUGCUGCGCUGUCCCACACGGCGCUUCCGCAAGCCCCUCAUCACCUGGGAGAAAGAUGGCCAGCACCUCAUCAGCUCCGCCCACGUCACCGUGGCCCCUUUUGGGUACCUCAAGAUCCACCGCCUCAAGCCAUCUGAUGCGGGCAUCUACACCUGUUCGGCGGGGCCGGCCCGGGAGCAGUUUGUGAUUAAGCUCAUUGGAGGCAACCGGAAGCUGGUGGCCCGGCCUUUGAGUCUCAGGAGCGAGGAGGAGGCCCUCACGGCGAGGAAAGCCAACCCAAAGGAACCCCUGCAGACCCACAAACACCAGAAUGGGAUCUUCUCCAAUGGCAGCAAGGCUGAAAAGCGGGGCCUUCCUGCUGACGCUGGGAGCCGCUAUGAUGAGCUGGUCUCUCGGCUGCUGGAACAGGGGGGCUGGCCUGGAGAUCUGCUCGCCUCUUGGGAGGUCCAGGACUCAACGGAAAGGAACACGUCCUCAGAGGAGGACCAGAACGCAGAGCAGGCCCUCCUACACGUUCCCUUCACCAUGGUGACGGAGCAGCAGCGCCUGGACGACAUUCUUCGGAACAUCUCCCAGCAACCCGAGGAGCUGCGAGACAUCUACAGCAAGCACCUGGUAGCCCAGUUGGCCCAGGAGAUUUUCCGCAGCCACCUUGAGCACCAGGACUUACUCCUGCAGCCUUCUGAGCGGAGGGUCCCCCCGGUGGCCAUCCCUCCUCACAAACCGGUGUCUGGCUUCAGCAGCUCCCUCAGGACCUCCGCCUCCGGGGAGGCCAUGGGCAACUCUCGCCGGCCUCACCGCAAGCCCGUCAUCUUGCGCAAGAUCUCUGCCGCCCAGCAGCUCUCAGCCUCCGAGGUGGUCACUCACCUUGGACAGACUGUGGCCCUGGCCAGCGGGACGCUGAGUGUGCUUCUGCACUGUGAGGCCAUAGGCAACCCCAGGCCUACAAUCAGCUGGGCCAGGAACGGAGAAGAGAUUCAGUUCAGCGACAGGAUUCUUCUACAGCCAGAUGAUUCCUUACAGAUCCUGGCACCUGUGGAAGCUGAUGUGGGUUUCUACACUUGUAAUGCCACAAAUGCCUUGGGAUAUGACUCUGUCUCCAUUGCCGUCACAUUAGCAGGAAAACCACUAGUGAAAACAUCCCGAGGGACAGUGAUCAACACAGAGGAGCCUGCCAUCACAGUCGAUGUCGGAAGCACCAUCAAAACAGUGCGAGGAGUCAACGUGACUAUUAACUGCCAAGUUGCAGGUGUGCCUGAAGCUGAAGUCACUUGGUUCAGGAAUAAAAGCAAACUGGGCUCCCCUCACCAUCUGCAUGAGGGCUCCUUGCUGCUCACAGCCGUCUCCUCCUCAGACCAGGGUCUGUACUCCUGCAGGGCGGCCAAUCUGCAUGGGGAGCUAACUGAGAACACCCAGCUACUGAUCCUAGAUCCCCCCCACGUCCCCGUGCACUUGGAAGACAUCAGGGCCAUGCUCUCAGCCACUGGACCGAACCUUCCUUCAGUGCUGACAUCUCCUCUGGGAACACAGCUGGUCCUGGAUCCUGGGAACUCUGCUCUCCUUGGCUGCCCCAUCAAAGGUUACCCUACUCCCAAUAUCACCUGGUUCCACAGUGGCCGGCCAAUUGCCAAUGUCACAGGACUGAUGCAUCAUAUCUUGGCAGCUGGACAGAUUCUCCAAAUUGCAAAUCUCAGUGGAGGGUCUCAAGGGGAAUUCAGCUGCCUUGCUCAGAAUGAGGCCGGAAUGCUUGUUCAGAAAGCCUCUUUAGUGAUCCAAGAUUACUGGUGGUCUGUGGAUAGACUGGCAACCUGCUCGGCCUCCUGUGGUAACAGGGGUGUUCAGCAGCCCCGCCUGCGGUGUCUCCUGAACAGCACAGAAGUCAACCCCACUCACUGCGCGGGGAAGGCACGCCCUGCUGUGCAGCCCAUUGCCUGCAACCGAAGAGACUGCCCUUCCCGGUGGAUGGUGACUUCCUGGUCCGCCUGUACCCGGAGCUGUGGGGGAGGUGUCCAGACCCGCCGGGUGACCUGCCAGAAGCUGAAAGCUUCUGGGAUCUCCACUCCUAUGUCCAAUGACAUGUGCACACAGCUCGCCAAACGGCCAGUGGACACCCAGGCCUGUAACCAACAGCUAUGUGUGGAGUGGGCCUUCUCCAGCUGGGGCCAGUGCAAUGGGCCUUGCAUCGGGCCUCGCCUCGCUGUGCAGCACAGACAAGUCUUCUGUCAGACGCGGGAUGGCCUCACCUUACCGUCAGAGCAGUGCAGUGCCCUUCCAAGGCCCGUGAGCACACAGAACUGCUGGUCAGAAGCCUGCAGUGUACACUGGAGGGUCAGCCUGUGGACCCUGUGCACAGCGACCUGUGGCAACUACGGCUUCCAAUCCCGGCGCGUGGAGUGCGUGCAUGCCCGUACCAACAAGGCAGUGCCUGAGCACCUAUGUUCCUGGGGCCCUCGGCCCGCCAACUGGCAGCGCUGCAACAUCACCCCGUGUGAAAACGUGGAGUGCAGAGACACCACCAGGUACUGUGAGAAGGUCAAGCAGCUGAAACUCUGCCAACUCAGCCAGUUCAAAUCUCGCUGCUGUGGAACUUGUGGCAAAGCGUGAAGAUGGGGCCCAGGGAAGGACACUACCUGGCCACACGGAGGACUCACGCAACCACCUUGGACAGAACUUAAGCUUUCUUCAUUUUAUUUAUUUAUUUCCCCCUCCCCACCCCCACCACACACACCCUUAACCCCUCUUCUCCCCUGCCCCCGCCCCAGACAUGAGGACCCCAGCCUGUCUUCUCUCUCAGUUAGCUGGAGGACAGAAUGUUGGGAAAGGACUAGGACGGAGGUCUAAAGGAGGUUGCAGAGUAGACAGGGCCAGACGGCUAGAGCUUCCUGGCAGAGCCCACUGUGUCCCAAUCCUGGGUCCCAGGGAGACCUAGCAAGAGGCCAGCACAGGCCCCCUGGGACAGCAGGGAGCCAGAGCCAGAAUCCCACAAUGGAGGCGGGAGGGUAGAGUGCCAGAAGGUUUGUAAAGCAUCAGUACAGGCUUUGGACCACCAACAGCAUCUCUCCUGGCAGCGCACAGUUAAGGCAGGAGUGCACGCUACUCCUCUGCCUCCUCCCUACCCCUCAGCAUGGGGAGAGCAGGUGCAGUGGGAAGACACCAUACACGCGGAAAACCCAGCCCAAAACUCAGCUCUUCCAGUGGGAGGCACAGAGCUAUGAGAACUCAAAACAGGGUAGAGGGAAAGGGGAACCAAUCCAAGCAAGCCUAGAGAGCACAGCAAUACAGAAGAUGAAGGGGGAGGGGAGGGAAGCAAAAAGAACCCUGAACCCUGUGCAUGUUCCUCAGAGGGGGAGUAGAGGAGGUGGGGGAGUGAGCAGGCAAGCAGCGUGUCACUCUGAUCCCGAACUUUGUGCCUGGUAGACCACUACAGGCUCAGAGCCCUUCUGCCCCCAGGAGGGCAUAGCCCCAGGGCCCUUGCGUGGUAUAGAGGAAUCUCCAUGUCUCAGUGAACUUUCUGCCUGUACCCCGUGGCAGAGAUGGUGAGAUUGCAGGGUCUGGCUGUGCAAUUAGGCCAUCUCUGGCAUCUCUAUCUAAAUCAAGAGUUCCCCCAGCUCAGAACUAAUGGCUGACUUGGGCCAGGAGCAUUUUGAACAUGAAUGGGCUGGUUUUCUGCCUAUAAUGGCUUUUACUGCCCCACUUCAGGGCCAGGGACUGGGGUCAGCUUGUCAAAAACCCAUCCAUUCAUCAGUUAAGCCAGAGAAGUCAUUGCAUCGGAGUGACCACUUCCUCCCUGAGCUGUCCAGGGCACGAGUGGGACGGCAGGCUUGUGCAGGCCCCUCCCCCUGGAGCACAGUGACAGCUUGCAGUCAUACAGCAGGUGGGGGCCAGGUGAUGGGGCACAGCAGCAAAGCCCAAGAAUAAUCAGAGCUUCCUAGGCAGUCCUCCAAAGGCUUUUCGACCCACUUCCACCACACAAUGAAAUACUAGAAACUCUAUGGGAAUUAAUAUACAUCACUUUUGGUAAUGAGUGGCCAAAGUAGCCCACACACUCCAGUCAUGCCCGUAGGCUAUAUAGUAAAGGGGCUUACAGUAAAACCAGGUAGCAAAAAUGAACAUUUGCUGCAUUUUAGCAAAAUGCUCAUUCAGCAGAGUGGUUUGGGGUGAGUGAUUUUGGCCUGUCCCCUCACCCCAGUGGCCUCCAUUUAUCAGCAGGGCCACCAGAAUCACACACCCCUCAGAAAAACUGCCCCCUCACAUACAGACUCGCAAAAUGCCACUCAGCCCGGGGCCACCACUAACACAGGGCUGCAUCUUCCAGACAGCAUGGAAAUAAAAGUUAGGGGGAGACAUUAGGAUGUGUGUCCUCCCCACGUGAGCUAUGGACAGUUAAGGUGGUUCUUCCUUCCUCACCACUAUAAUGGGCUCUGAGAAAUCAUGUUACUAAAAAAUCAGUGUAAUGUUUAUUUAAAAUAAAAGAGAGUGUUUUUUAUGUCUGUAUAUCUUUUGUGAAUAUUUAUUAGGAUUUCUUGUAUAAAAAAGUGCAAUAUUAAUAAUUGUACAUUGUCAUCCAGAAAAACAAAAUAUUGGGUUUUUUUUUAUUAACUUCUUGCAGUUGUGUGCCUGUAAACUCAGUGGUGAUUAUUGCAUUGUUCCUAUUUUUAAUAGAACCUGAUGUUUAACUCUCGAUCCAUUCACUGUAUACAGAAUACAUUAUUGUAAAAGCUAGCACAGGAUGAUGGGGCAGCAAGAGGGGAUCUUUUCAUAACACGAUAGUUACACAUGGAAUGCAGAAGACAGACUCCAUACUACUACUAAUAUGGUUGAUUAUUUCUAGGUUCUAUAGCUAUGGGAAACCAGCGGCCCAUAUUUACAUUUCCUAAACAGCUGGUGUUCCCCAGCUCCGCUACAUGUUGGGUUGCAGCAGUGGGAGGUGGGUUUCAGCAUGAGCUUGGAGACCUAGGUUUGGGGUGGGAAGCAGUGUGCUCCUUGCAUGAGAUGAAUGUACAUUUACUGUUUGUUCUGUGAAUCGUGACUCAGCAUUGCCGGAAGAUUAUUAGGGCUGCUGAAUAAUGUGGAAGGAGGCCCUUCCUCCUCUAAAACACAAAAACUGUAUUUAUAUUUUUUGUACAGAUAAUACAGCUUAUUUAUUUAAA